AUGCUCUGUGCUUACUUCAUUUUCUCGAAUCUGUCGCAGGAGAUAGAUGCAGCAUGUUACAUUCUUAAAAAAAGAGUUGCCAAUUUUCCCAAGACUUAUCAACCGAUGGAUUUCUCAAUAUGUGACUGUAAUGUCUCUACGAGGUUGUCGUUACGUUAUUCAAAGUUCUCCAAAAAUCCACAAACAUACACAUUCGACGAUGACUUGAUGGAAUAUUUCAGGGGUGAUGAAGAAAAAUUGAUGACUUCUUGGAUAAUUGUAGAUAAGAUAUAUUUCCCUAUGAAUCUUAAUAUGAAGCAUUGGGUCCUUUGUGAGGUGCAACUACAAGAUUGGUGCAUCAAUGUUUAUGACUGCGAACAAGGAUUUAUCAAAAAGAAUCACUAUGACAAGUUCAUGAAACCACUAUGUGAAAUGAUUCCAUAUCUCUUUCUAUUUGGAACGACCGAGUUUGACAGGAUCAAGUAUUCUAAGUUCAGUUUGGAAGGAAUGUCAUAUGUUGUAAUACCACACCCAAGAGUCCCCAAGUGCACGAAGAGUGGAGACUGUGGUCUUUUUACAAUCAUGUAUUUGGAGUACCUUACUGCAAAAUUGGAUAUAUCAGCUGUGACAUCAGAGAACAUUGUUUUUUGGAGACAAAAAUGGGCAGUUAGGUUGUUCCACCAUAUAAUAGACCCAUAG